CCACUCGUUCUGCCCUUACUAGACAUGGCGCUGGCCAGUGUGUUGGAGACCUCGCUACCGGUGAAUCGGCACGGGUUUUUUGGACUCGGGGGUCGUGCGGACCUGUCGGACCUGGGUCCGGGUAGUCCCAGUGAUGGGUUCAACCUGGUCGCGCCCAGCUGGGGCGCCCCAGAGGAGCCAAGAAUCGAAAUACUUCAUGGAACCACCACCCUGGCCUUCAAGUUUCAACAUGGAGUCAUUGUUGCAGCGGACUCCCGGGCCACAGCAGGUGCCUACAUUGCCUCCCAGACAGUAAAGAAGGUGAUAGAGAUCAACCCCUACCUGCUGGGCACCAUGGCUGGGGGUGCAGCAGAUUGCAGCUUUUGGGAGCGGCUGUUGGCUCGGCAAUGUCGAAUCUAUGAGCUUCGAAACAAGGAACGCAUCUCAGUAGCAGCUGCCUCCAAGCUGCUUGCCAACAUGGUGUAUCAGUAUAAAGGCAUGGGCCUGUCCAUGGGUACCAUGAUCUGUGGCUGGGAUAAGAGAGGCCCUGGCCUCUACUACGUGGACAGUGAAGGAAACCGAAUCUCAGGGGCCACCUUCUCUGUAGGUUCUGGCUCUGUGUAUGCAUAUGGGGUCAUGGAUCGGGGUUACUCCUAUGACCUAGAGGUGGAAGAAGCCUAUGAUCUGGCCCGUCGAGCCAUCUACCAAGCUACCUAUAGAGAUGCAUACUCAGGAGGUGCAGUCAACCUCUACCAUGUCUGUGAGGAUGGCUGGAUACGAGUCUCCAGUGAUAAUGUAGCUGAUCUACAUGACAAGUACAGUGGAUCUGCCCCCUGAAGAAGGCAUCUCUUGGGGUGACUUGAUGGUAAUAUGGAUAUAUCUCCACAUUCUAUAGUGGAAGGAUCCCCAGUUACAUUGAUUGGUUUUCUUAAGGUCUGGCAUUGACCUCUAUGUGUUACCAGUUGUUAAUGAGCUGCUGCAGAGAUGAUGAUUUGUUUUACUUCCUUGGAUGUUAAUAUUACACUACUCGACCUUA